UUGCCUGAAGUUGUUGCACUGGCUUUGCUGGUUGUCAAUGCUUUGUUGGUGGUAGAACGUGUCGUCACAGGGCCCUUGGCUGAACCGGUAGAUGCUUUCUUGGGUGAUGUUGGUGUAGGUUUCGUCUUGGCUGAAAUUGGUGUAGGUUUCACUGUAGCCUUAGCUGAAGAUGCUGCACUAGAGGCAGUGGCUUUAGUAGACAGUGAACCUUUGCAAGGUGCUGCUGAAACCUUGGCUUUGCUGCUAACUUUGGCUGAUGCUGCUGCACUGGCUUUGCUGCUAUUCUUAGCUGCAACAGUAGAUGUGGCACUGGCUUUGCUGCUGGUCUUAGCUGAAGCGACAGAUGCUUGCCUGCUGGAUGAUGUCGUCAUCUUUGCAACAGUAGCAGUCUUUGUUGGGCCACUAGACACGGGGCCGGUGUGCUUCGCUUUACCAGCAGCAGACACUGCAGUAGACUUGCCGGCAGACGUCUUGGAGCUAGCAGAAGACACACUUGCAGGAGUGGCAGCCGCCGUUGUUGGGUUAGCCUUCUCAACUGCAGUUGACCGAGAAGUCUUAGUAGCAGUUCUAGACGGGGCAGAUUUAGCUGAACCAGAUUUACUCGCAGGUUCUGCUUUAGCUGAGGUGAUUUUCGGUUUGGAAGUGGCAGAUAAGGAUGUCAUAGUUGUCGGUUUUGCAUUUGAUGAUUUCAUUGCUGCAUUUGUCGAUGAUUUUGGCUUUGCAUUUGAUGACGAUGAUGUCGUAAAUGUAGGUUUUGAUGAUGUCAUUGCUGCAUUUGAAGAUGACGUCGUUGCUGCAGGUUUUGCAUUUGAUGAUGAUGUCAUUGCUACUUUUGAAGUUGCUGUAGGCUUUGCAUUUGAUGAUGAUGUCAUUGCUGUAGCCGAUGAUGAUGUCAUUGCUACUUUUGACGUUGCUGUGGGCUUUGCAUUUGAUGAUGAUGUCAUUGCUGCACUUGAUGAUGUUGUUGUAUCUGUAGAUUUCUCUUUUGAUGACAACAGUCACCGCCCCAACUGA